AUGAGCGUAGCAUGCGCCUCAACUGAAACUGUGGGCCGCGAGUAUCUCCGACGGACAGCGUCAUCCCUGGGCGGCCUGCGCUUCGGCAGGGCAGCCUUUCUUCCAGCCUUGCCUCGCCUUGCAGCUCUCGCCUUCAGCACGCAGCCGUCCUCCAUCCCUAAACCGGGCUUCGCGCCGGCACAGGCAGCAACAGCAUCACCACCGCCACCAAGCGGCAUUUCAGCCACUGCUGCCAGCGGCUCCACCCGGCCCCCUCCAAGGGGCGCUGCUUCCUCGGCACCACCCGGCGGUGGCGGUGAAGGCAGCGGCAGUGGUGGCGCUGCUGCCGCACCCACCGCCAUAAAGACCCGCAGCUCGCGACUGGGUUGGGUGAUUCCGAUCAUUGGACUGCCGCUCAUUGCUGCCUACUAUAAUUACCAAAAGGAGUACGACAAGGAGUGGGACACCAAGGUGGAGAAGCUGAUGCAGGAGUUCAUGGCGGAGAGGAGGCCGCCGCCGCGGACCCUUACCACCGCACCACCACCACCACCACCGCCGCCGCCGCCGCCGCCACCACCACAGGCCCCUGAACCGGUGCCCACGCCGUCACCUUCGCUGCCCGCAGCGCCUCCUCCAUCGGCAUCCCCAAAGGCGACUGAGACGGCGCCGCUGCAGGGUGUGGCGAGCGAGCCAAAAGCCAAGCCGGAGGCGAUGUCGGCAACGCCACCGCCAGUGCAAGAGCUGGCAGAGGCGGCCGCCCCAGCGGCGGCAGCGCCGCCGCCGCCGCCAUCCCCACCACCGCCGCCACCACCAUCGGACACGGAGGCUGCCGGCGUUAUCUUGACGGCGACAGAGGCGGCGCAAAAGGCGGCGGCGGACGUUGCCCCCUCCUCCACCUCCACAGCCGGCUUUGCUGCCACCCCCGCAGCCACACCUGUUGUUGCAACAGAAGCCAAGAGCCCGGAGGAAGGUUCCACACCCGCACCCGCACCCGCACCCGUGCAGUCGCCUGAAGCCGCUGUGGCCACCGCCACGGCAGCGGCGCUUGCGCUGCUGCAAACGGGUGCCGUACCGGCGGCGCCUCUGCCUGCGGACCUCCCGCCAGGAAAGCUGGGGUUGGAGGGCAUGGACCUCAGUCCUGUGGGCCUUAUCCAGCACGCGGUCAGCUCAGCCCCUGUGGUGGACUGGUCGCAGUGGCCGGAGCGACAUGCACAGGCGGUUGCGGACUCCCAGCUCAUGUUCGACGCGCUGAAGACGCUGACCAGGUGGCACGAGCAGCAGAUGGCGGAGGUUCGCGGGCAGCUGGCAGCUGCCGUACAACGGUCCGAGCAGCUGCAAUCCGCCGGGGAAGCUGCCGUACAGCGGUUUAAGGCGCUGCUAAGGCAGGUGGUGGAGUCCUCGAAGGAAAUGCUUGAACUUGAGGUGCGCCAAGCAGAGAAGCGCACACGGCUAGAGGCGGAGAAUGUGCGUCUGGCGGAGGCCGUGAAGCGAGGCGAGCAGCUGGAGCAGCUCCGCCUGGCGGUGGGUGCGCUGGGGCUAGCACACGAGGCCCGAGUACGACAGGCGGCUGCCGCACAGGCAGGACACGCGCUGGCGGCGGGUGCAGCGGCGGUGGCGGCGGCGGCGGACAGCGGUGCGCCGCUGGGGCCUGCCGCGGCGGCACUGCGGAGCGGGGCGGCGGCGGUGGACUCGCUGGUUGAGUCCGUGGUGGCUGCACUGCCUGAUGGACCUGUGGCGACCAGGCGAGUGUUUAGGGUAUCCGAGCUGUUGCAGCAGUUCCGGCGGCUGCGUCGCGACCUGUCCGCGCUGAGCUACCUGCCCGGGGAAAAGGCGGGCAUGGUGGCAGUGGCGGUGGCGAGGCUGGCAGCCGCCCUCAAGGCGGACGAGUCCGAGGCCGUCAAGGUGUUGGGAUCUCAGUAUGGGUCGGGGGGAGUUGAUGCGGCAUUGGCGCGGACGGAGGCGCUCGUGACUGCUGGCCAGCUGGCCGCAGCGGCGGAGCUGCUGGCGGCGGCACUGCAUGGUACGGCAGCGGCGGCACUUGCGGCAGACUGGCUGGAUGCCGUCCAUAACCGCACGGCAGCGGAGGCGGCCGUCGCAGCGCUGAAUGCCCACGCGGCGGCGACAUGGGCGUCCAUGGCUUGA